GCCUGGAAAAACUACCUGGAAAACCCAUUAACGGCAGCAACAAAGGCCAUGAUGAGCAUUAAUGGUGAUGAUGAAAGUGUGGCUGCUUUAAGUCUCCUCUAUGACUAUUAUAAGGUUCCAAAACAGGAAAGACUGAUACUGCCCGGAAAAGUAAAUCGUCCCUGUGAAGCAAAUGCUGUAAGGAGGCAUAACACUGGGACUGAAUUUGAUAUUGACCACAUUUCAUUCCUGGAAAAUUCAAUUCCAACGAUAAAACCUUUGCCUGAAGAUACCAUUAUGUCCACGGAGUUUUCCGAUCCAGGCAGAAGAUCUCAACGAUUCAAUUCAGACUCGAGCUUUCCUGUUCCCAAGUCUCAGCCAUUGAUGGAUAACUGCAUCACAGAUUUAUAUGACUGCAACCUCACUGAAUCAUUUGAUAACAUUUUAAUGGCACAGCCACAGCAGAGAUGGACGGCGGAGAACAUGCCAGAUGAGGCCUUUUUUAAUGAUUUGAUAAGACCACCUUGUGUUGAAGACGAUGUUACGAACAAUAAACCAAGGGUCGACUUUGAGUACGUGCUGGAGGCACCUAAAUCUGUCAACCAGAAACCUGGGGAAGAAUCGCUGGGUUACCUCAACAAAGGACAGUUUUAUCCCGUCACACUGAGAGCUGUGGAGAGUGACAAGUGUUUGCAAUCACAACCAACCAAAGUUCGAAGUAUGGUAAUGGCUGUAUUUGACAAUGGAAAGAGCCAAGAAGACCAACUGAAGUAUUGGAAACACUGGCAUUCCCGACAGCACACUGCAAAGCAACGAAUCAUUGAUUUUGCAGAUUACAAGGAAAGCAACAGCACCAUCAGCUGUGUUGAAGAAGUGGCAUUCAACGCUCUCUCAUUCAUCUGGGACACCAGCAAGGAAGCAAAGGUUCACAUUGGAAUUAACUGCCUGAGUACAGACUUCUCCACACAGAAGGGAGUCAAAGGUCUACCCUUGAAUCUCCAGAUAGACACAUAUGACUAUGAAAGCAAAUCGGACAAGCCUAUUCACCGGGCCAUCUGCCAGAUUAAGAUAUUUGUGGACAAGGGCGCUGAGAGAAAAAUGAGAGAUGAAGAACGCAAACAAUCUAAAAGAAAAAGCAAGUAUCCAGACUCCACCACGGACGCUGUGUCUAACAGAAGGAUUCCACAGCCAGACCACAAAGCAAAUGAUAUCACAUAUUUUAAAACCGUGACAGAUGUAAUUUCUUCUCCUGUAUUAUUCACCCCAGAAGUCCAUUUCCUUUAUUCACAGCGAACUGGAUUGGGGCAUUCGAUGGGUUGUGACGUCCCACAUCCUGAGAGGUACCCAUUAAAAAGAGGAAGCAAGACACUGUACAAUGGUGAAGUGGAUUUGCCAAUCAAACUUGCCAAGCUUUAUGAACCAGAGAGAGUGCUGUUAUAUGUACGUAGGGAGUGUGAAGAGGUUUUCGAUGCCUUAAUGUUGAAAACUCCUAAUCUUAAUGGAUUGAAGAGUGCUAUCUCAGAAAAGUAUGGGCUGGUUGAGGAGAGAAUCUGCAAAAUUUACAAGAAGUGCAUGAAAGGAAUUUUGGUGAACAUGGAUGAUAACAUUGUGCAGCAUUACUGUAACCAUGCUGCAUUUUUGGUGGAAGUAAAGGACAUAUAUGGAAGCUAUCAAAUAACACUUAAAGAGGUUUAAGGAGACUCAACAUUCCUAGAAGUACAGAAUAUAGAAAAGACCAGGAAUUACUCUACCUCUGUCCCUCUGUCCAUGAACAUUUACUAUUGGCUGCUUUGGACCAAAGAUUUUUGUGCCGCUCUUCUCUUCUGAGCUAACAACAAAACAGGUUUGCUUAAGCCAAGCGUGAAGAGUUCAAUAUUGCCUUAACUUUAUUCUACACUUGUCUGGGUGAUAGCUGAAGCAAUUGUUUUUCUUCUACAUCUACACCGCUCACGAUGUUCCUUUCGGGAUCUGAAAGUCAUAUAUAUUUUCACUCCAUCUAACCAAACUCUGCGGACUGUUGGACUGUCUACCAGGCUGCCAACCUGUCAUGUAUAUUUCAGUAUGUCACAGCGUGUGAUAUUUUGGAACUAUUUGUUCAUUUCUGUAAUUUACUUGUUUUAUAAAACCACAAUUCAAUAUUUUCAGAUUUCCAGCCGGUUUCUCAAUAUAUAGUAUUUACACAAAUGGAUUACUAUUUAUGGUGCUCAUGAAGUAUUUGGAAGAAUUCAUUGCUCAUAAAGAAACAUUAUUUUCUUCUAAGGAGGGGGGCCCUGCCUCCAAUACUUUAAAAAGACAUUUAUUUCCUCUUUAAAUAUUACUGUGUAAUUCCACUGAAACACACUUCCCUAAAAUACAGCAAGAGUCUGCCCCAUCUUUCUUUAAUGUUUCAGUGGAAGAAGUAUUUGUGUGUAUUCACUUUUAAUGCUGCAGAUGGUCCAAGCUCAUCCUGAUGUGAUCAAGAAUUUCCAUAGAUUAUCAGCAUGUACAGAACUUAAGUCAUGGUGUUUUGUAAUCAUAUCAUGAUUUGAGACCUUUAAAGCAUUGUACUCUGCUUGCUUGUAAAAUACUGUAUCAUAGGAUAGUAACUCCACUACCAAAGUACUACUCGGGUUACUAGGUUUAAAAUUUUUGUAGCCCUAAUAACUGCCCAAUUCAAUGAAAGAAGAUUUUGUUUAUGCCCUUUCGAAGCAAGUACUUUCCUUGAUUGGACACAUGAAAUUAAUCAAGGAAGGAGUGCUUUUCUUUGCAAAAGCAUUGUUUCCUAUUAAGUUCAAUAACAUUUUUAUUAAGUUUGCAAAUUUGAUGAUCACUCAUCUGACUAAUUAUUUGCAGAAAUGUGACAUUUCCAUGCCUGAAGAUAUGGUAAUAAGAAUGAGUAGAGAAUUCUGUCUUCAUCUGACUGAUUUACGAAAUGUUGAUUUCAAAUUGUUUGCUAAUACUUUUGAGAACACUAACUUGGGUAUGAAGUCAGAGAUGUGCAACAUACUGAAAGAUUUUCUUAACAUUAUUAGAAGAAAACAAGAACAUUUCUUGCAAUGAAUUGUAUUUUGUCAUUACUAUAUUUUUGCAUCUAAUAUGGUCAAUUUUAUUUUUCUUUAAUUUCUUUAUUGUACUCAGGAUCUCCAUGAUGUGAAAGCAUAUAUAUUGUAAAUACAAAGAGUUAGCUUCAAGUAUAGACAUUGUGGUGAUGGACAUUUCACAUUUAUGAUAUGUUUUUCAAACUGAAGAUGAGAUCUCACAAUUGUGGGAUAUAUUUUGGUUAUUCCAUUAUAAUGAGUUAGUAUGUCUGGUGAAACACUCUGAUAUUGUAACUUUCUGGAUGUCAUUAUUGAGUUUAAAUGUCAAGGAGUUAUAUAAGCUUCACUGCCAAAUUCCAGUAAAAAUUUCAAUUGAUGAAAAUAUAACUUUUUUUAAAAAUAGAUCUCCAAAUUGCUGUAUUCCUAGCCUAACAAGGGAAUGAUACUCCAACUGUGUCCAUGUGCCAUUACCUAUUUGCUGUCUUUUGAGUGUUCACAAUGAUUUUUUUAAAAAUUUAAUCAUUCUGAACAAAUUACACUGAAACUUAAAAUGCAUAACAUUUCUAUCAGUUGCAGAUACUCUACAAUUGAGGACUCCCUUCCCCUUAAUACACUCCACCACUUCUUACUCCCUUUUAGUAGGCACCAUUUUUCAAUAUAGACCGGGGUAUUGCACAAGCCUUUGAGGUGUUGCUGAGCAGAUAGAUCUUGGGAUCCUACAGCUCCUUGAAAGUGGCACAAAGCUCGAUAAGGUGGUUCAGAAGGCUGAUGGAAUGCUUGCUUUUAUUAGUCAAGGCACUGAGUUCAAAAGUCAAGAGGUUAUGUUGCAACUUUAUAAAACUCUGGUUAGGCCACAUCUGCAGUAUUGUAUACAAUUCUGGUUGCCCCAAUAGAGGAAGGAUGUUGAGGCUUUGGAGAGGGUACAGAAGAAUUUUAACAGGAUGCUGCCUGGAUUAGCGAGCAUGUGCUAUCAUGAGAGGGUGGAUAAACUUGGGUUGUUUUCUCUGGAGUGCCAGAGGAUGAGAGAAAAUCUGGUAGAGGUUUACAAGAUUAUGAGAGGCGUAGAUAGACUCUCUCUUGGGUUGAAGUGUCUAGUACCGGAGGGUAUGCGUUGAAGGUGAGGGGGGGAGGUUGGUUCAAGGGGGAUGUGAGGGGUAUGUAUAUUAAAGGCUUUUAGAAGAGAUGUUUGGAUAGGCAUUUAGGUGUAAGGAAGAUGGGGGAAUAUAGACAUGGUGUAGAUAGGAGGGAUUAGUGUUUGGGUAUUUUCACAUGCUUUUUAGCUGGUUUGGUAUCACAUUGUGGGCCAGAUUGCCAGCUCCCGUGCUAUACUCUUCUAUGUUCACACCCUUCCUGGGAACCAUUAGAUAGUACAGUUCGUGAUAAAGUCCGUGCGUUUCUUGCUGGAGAUAAGUUGAUUCCAGCCUUGUAACAACAAAACAGAACGCACAGUGUUGAGGUCCACUGCCAUACCUUUAUUCUACAUGUCUCAUGUGGUAACGUAUUUGCCCAUUACUCAGCAUUGUCCUCACUAGUCAUCACAGUGUCUGUUCCUUGUAAAGUGACCGAUGGUACCCACUGUGUUGAAUCAUGAAUUAUAAAGAUGGUGGAGUGGGGAAGCUGUCCGAAAAUGUCAAAGAUCUGUUAAUUUUUCACUUCCAUAAGCACUGCUUCAGCAGGGAACGCCAUUCAGUGUCAACCAAUUAAUGGCAAUGGCAGCCAAGUCCAGGAAGCAUUGAGAGGUGUGAAGACCAAGCUCACCAUGGAAUGCCUUGUUAAACUCGUGCUGCUUAUGGUUUCGCGAGUUAGCCUUUCUUUAUGAGGUAAAUUGCAAAUGCUUGUUCAUCUUUGCCUUGUCUUUUUGAGUCAGAUACUGUGACAAUUGAUUGUAGAUCAUAUAGGAAAAUGGUGAAUGAACAUGCGACACAUUUUAUUA